AGUGCACUGAAUGAGGGAAAUUUUACGAGGAAAUCUAACCUCUUUCAACAUCAGAGAGUUCCCACUACUCAAAGGCAUAGAUGUGCAAUUUCCUUGUACAGUGUAAGGGUCCUGGAGGAAACCUAAGGAGGAGUCAUCUGUCUGAAUUGAAUCUCAUACAUGUGAGCAUGCAGAGUGGGGAGGUUCCCUGUGAGUUUCAGUUAUGUGGGAAGUGUGUAUGGCUGUGUUACACUUUGGAACAUGCCCAUGGCUCUUCGAAGAUUUAUGUCACUGACAACUAUAGUCAAGGCCAUUUCACCUGUACCACCUGGCAAGCCCACACAGUGUGCAUCAGUCACUUCCCAGUGCACUCAAGGAAGCUGAUCCCUCUUCUCCCACGUAUUGGCCAAAUUAGGAGUCAUUUGAGCCCUAGCAGAUCCUUCCCUUCGCUUUUGAAUACCUCGAGCAGGGACCUGACCCAGUGUUGGUCCGUAGAACAUCAUAUGACUUUGCUGGCAGCUUUCCAACAAGGAAAACAAUUUUCAGGGACAUGUUGGGUCAUGUGAUACUUGCGAUGAGUUUUUCUAUCUUGCAAGUCCUGAACUCCAGAACUCUCUGGCGCAUGUUCCUUUGGCUUGAAUGAUAACAAUGACCUUAUUCUUCUAAGUCCUCAUUCAUCUUGGGAGCUCUGUUCCUGUGUAGGGUAGUUUCUAAACAGAUUUGUGCUCUGUUUUACGGGUCUCACACUCUGUGCCUGAGGAGGGGCAGUAUGAUUGCAGAAAAUGACUUGACAUUUUUGACCAAAUUUGUAUAGCUGCCCAGAGCCUCUUAGGAGAAACUGCAGGGCUUUCUGUUCCUCUUUUGAGGUUUUUAAGGAAACUCGGGUGACUCUGAGGAGGGGCAGGUGUUAGAAUCUUAAAAUAGUGCUUCUGAGAGCAGCAUGAAUUCCUUUUUUCAGAGUAGAGAUCACAGAGUGUUCCAGCACUGUUGAGGGGAUGUCUUCUAGAGGUCGACAGAGAGCUGUGCUCCCUGGCAUCCACGGUUCAUUGGGUAGUUUCGCUGGUUCCAAAGGAAGCUGUAGUUGCUACAGAAACUCUGUUUUAGUAGGUAGUGGAGGAGACUGCAGCCAGCUAGAUGGAAUGUGCCUCUUCUUAAAGUGCAUCCACAAAUGUCUGUUUGACGAUGACUGUGCAAGAUGAGUGUGUGCACAAAUCUUAGGGCCUGUAGGCAUGUUUGUCUUGUGUAGCUGAAGACACGGUCCGAGAGGUUAACCAGGAAGUUUUGUGGAUUGCUGUAGCCUCACAGCCCUUACUGCCCAGGCAGGAAAGGAAAAGAGAAAAGGGAACUUACAUUAUUGAGGACGUGACCCUCUGGGUCCAUGCAGCCUUCCUCCUGACUUGGGUGGAGAUUUUCACUGGUCCCCAUAUCUGCUGCCACUGAGCCAAGACCAACCCCCAGAGGGCACGAGGAGAGAGAGGGUGGAGUCAGAACAAGGCUGCCAAACCUAUUUUCCGUAAAGAGUGGGACACAGAAGCUUUUUUAAAUCUUGAGCCAAUUUUUAAAGCUUUAUUGAAGUAUGGUUUACAUGUACUCAACGGCUUAUAUUGAAAUUAUACCAUCUGAGAAGUUCUGACGUAGGUAUGUGAGCCUGUGAAAACAUCCUCCUCAUCCUGAUAAUGACCAUCCCUGUCACAGCGGAUGUACAUCACGUCCUUGUAUAAUCUCUCCUUGCCUUUCCCACCUCGCCAGGCAACCAGUGAUUCACUUUCCCUUGCAAGAGGUAACCUUUGCAUUUUCUUGUAUUCAUAUAGUUUGAAUCAUAAAUGGUUUAUUGUUUUCUUUCUGAUUUCCUUUGUAUUUUGUGAUUUUUGAGGUGUUAUUUGGGCAACUCAACCCUUUUUUCCCCCCUGAGUAAUAUUCUUAUCUUUGGAUAUGCUGCUGUUGUUUUAAUUAUCCAUCUCUUUGUCGGUCUUGAGGUUAUUUCUAGGUUGUGACUACUGGAAAUAAACCUGUUACAAACAUUUGUGUCAGUUUAUAUGGGUAUAUGUUUGUUUUAUCUUUUGUCCAUAACUUAGAGUGGAGUGUCUGAGUCACAGGGUAGAUCUGAAAUGAUUGUACUUUUUUGCAUAUUAACCAGCAGUGUUAAGUUCCAUUUAUUCCACAUCCCUGCCUGUGCUUGAUGUGGUCAGUCUUUUAUAUCAGCUUUUCUUAAGUGUAUAGUGCUAUCUCAGUGUGUUUUACUUUCAUUUUUCUAAUGAUUCAUGAUCUUGAGCAUUUUUCAUGUCUUUAUUUGUGCUAUUUCGAUUUUUGUUAUUUGCAUAUUUUUAAAAUGUGCGUUAUGGCUGUUUUCUUUUUCAUUUACAAGUAAGACUGAAACAACAAAGACAUAUGUGGGAUUUUACUCAUUCUUAAAUGGAGUGAAUAACAUUUGCUGUAUGGAAUAAUUGUUUUUAAUACAGGUAGGAUAUUUCCUCAUUAUUUUUCCUUAAAUUUUUUGUGUCAUCCACAAUGUCAUGACCAUAGACCCCAUGUAUGUUUAAAUUUAGUCUGCAUUGUUAACAUAAUUUUUGCCACUUAAGUCCAGGCAUUCAGUAAUACAGUAAAUGUAGCCCUGCUUUGUAGUGUUUGCCAAUUUCUGAAGUGUAAAUUCUCCCACCACUAAUUUGGAAAGCACUCAGAGGAGCUGAAAAAAUCUACUCGAGGUCCCUCAGGUAGAAAACUCUGCUUGGUGUGAACAGGAGGAGACUUUCCCAGGCCAGGCAGACAGUAGCUGCAGGGGGCUGUGAGCCGGGUGGAGGUUCAGAAGCCUUACAGGUGAGAGAUGUAAUUCUGAUUGCCCAGAGAGAAAGCAAGUCCCUGAAGACCCUGGAAGUGGUUAAUGGAGACCCUAGUUGGCCUUGUUAGUGAGAAGGUAUCAGAGCAGUCACACUAUUCUGAGCUGCCUCCUCUGAUUCCAUGUGUUACCUUGCAAGGGAGUCUCACCCUCUGAACUCUCCAAGUUCUUUUCAUCUCCCUUUCUGUAAGUGUUGACUGUUUGCAAUUGUGUUUACCUUCUAUAGAUUUUGCCACCAAUUUAGGCUGCUUUAUUAGACAGCUGGACUCUAGACCACAUGCUGGAUGUGGGGCCAUUGCCUGCCUUCCCGGUUUGGCCGGGGUCUUAGAAGAACUGGGGCUAGGGAGUGUGCAGGGCAGAGUUCUGGGUAAUUCUUUCUCAGCUUCACACCUAAAGAGGGAACCUGAUUACAUCUUUCCUCCCAGAUGCACGUGUCAAGUCAAUGGGGACACCUGGGGUCAAAGGUUGCAUCUGAAAAGGGGCUGAACCAGGUGGAGUACAGGUGUGGGGAUGGUGGAGGACCACAGUAGGGGAUGUCAGACCCGCAAUGCUAGCUGGCAGAGUACAGGGACUGCAGGGGACAUCUACCAUGUGUCUGCACCCUGUGGAGAUUCAGGAAGGACCUUCUGUGCUGAGUCACUGCUUGAUCUCACAGAGAAAAUUUGUUCAAAAUAAUAUCAAUAAUAUAUUCUACUAUAUAUGCUUAUGCUUAUGGGUGGGUGUGUGUGUGUGUGUGUGUGUGUACACAGACUCCAGUGGCGGCGGCUGCGCUGAGGGACCCGCCUCAGGUUGUUGGCAUGGAGCAGAUGAGGCACUUUCUGAGCAGAAAAUUCAAGGAGGGUCACAGAUCAGGACUGUCAAGGCAGGUCUGUUUCCCCAGAAGGCCAACCCCUAUGAGGUGUGCAGCCCAGUCUUCAGUGACAUUUUUCACCUGGCUAAGUACCAGGGAACACAUUGUGGGCAGAAACUACACACAUUGGGGCCAUGUGAGAAACCAUUCUGUUUCAGAGCAAACUUCCAUCAGCACCAGAAGCACCACAUUGGAGAGGAACCUUUGAGAAAUGAUGUGAGGAGAUACUUGUUUGUGAACAACUGCAAAUUCUACAUAUCAAGGAAGCCCUUUACCUCUGGGGCAGUCGAGAAGGACUUCCUGGGCGACUCAGAAUUUCUUCACCAACAGGCCACAAACACCUGGGAGAAGUCAAAUAGUGGAGCUGAGUGUGAGGCUGCAUUUUCAGGGAAAAAAAUCCAUCAUAACCAGGGAGACUGCACAAAGACUUUGAGCUGCAAACACACACUUGUUCAGCACCAGAGAGUCGUCAUGAGGGGAAGAUGUUACAUGUGCAGUAAAUGUGGGAAAUCAUUUAGGAAAAGCUCCCACCUCAUUCGACAUUGGAGUAUUCACACUGGAGAAAGGCCUUAUGAGUGCAGUGAAUGUGGGAAAUCUUUCAGCCAAAGCUCAAAUCUCAUUCAACAUCGGAGAGUUCAGACUGGAGAAAGACCUUAUAAGUGCAGUGAAUGUGGAAAAGCCUUUAUCCAAAGAUCACAUGUCAUUCAACAUGGGAGAGUUCACACUGGAAGGUCUUAUGAAUGUAAAGAAUGUGGGAAAUCUUUUAGCAGAAGCCACAGCCUCAGUCACCAUCGGAGUGUUCAUACUGGGAAAAGGCCUUAUGAAUGUAGCCAGUGUGGGAAAUCAUUUUCCCAAAACUCUGUGCUCCUUCAACAUCAGAGGGUUCACACUGGAGAAAGUCCCUUUGAGUGCAGUGAAUGUAGGAAAUCUUUUCGUCAAAGCUCUGCACUCCUUCAGCAUCAGAGAGUUCAUACUGGAGAAAAGCCUUAUGAGUGCAGUGAGUGUGGGAAGUCCUUUAGAUACAUCUCUAACCUCAUUACACAUCGGAGAGUUCACACUGGAGAAAGUCCUUAUGAGUGUAGUGAAUGUGGGAAGUCCUUUAAGAAAAGCUCUUCACUCCUUCAACAUCAGAGGGUUCACACUGGUAAAAGGCCUUAUGAAUGUAGCGAAUGUGGAAAAUCAUUUCGCCAAAAUGUUGUGCUGCUUCAACAUCGGAGAGUUCACACUGGAGAAAGGCCUUACCAGUGCAGUGAAUGUGGGAAGUCAUUUAGAUAUAUCUCCAACCUCACUACUCAUCGGAGGGUUCACACUGGAGAGAGGCCUUAUGAGUGCAGUGAAUGUGGGAGAUCCUUUAGCCAAAGCUCUAACCUCAUCACACAUCGAAGAAUUCACACUGGAAAAAGGCCUUAAAAUUUGGGGAAUAUGCUCAGUUCUCUACCUACAGCUCCAGUGUCCUAAAUCACUGUUUACACUGGAUCAAGCCCUUAUGAAUGCGGUGAAUGUCGUAAGGGUAUUAGCCCAAGGUCUUUACUCUUUGGAUACCACACAUUUCACAAGGGAAAAAACACCUUACAUGUGCAGGGAUGUACAGUUUCCUUUUUCAGUGUAUCAACACUUGGGAUCCCUCAUGAUGGUGCUGUCUGAAUUGAACCUCUUAAAUCCAAAUAUCUGCAAACAUCCCAGGUAUCUGGGAGCUACAUUGUACUUUUAAAUCUGCCCAGGCCCUUUGCCAGAUUUCUGUCACUGACAGUUUCUGUGGCUCAAGCCAUUUCACCUCUGCUGCCUAGCUGGUGCUCACAGUGUAGAGCAUUCACCCACCCCAGUGUGUUCAGGGAAACACUGGUGUUUUCCCAUUCUCAGGAGGGGAUUAGCGAGAAGCCAGAG